AUGGUUGUGCAAGAACACCGUCAAGGUCGACCAAGAACAGAACGGAACAGAACAAAACUACUGUCAACCACUUUUUAUGCGAGAAGAGGAAAAAAAUCACAUAUUAGUUUAUCGUUGUCAAUCAAAGACAUUUAUGCGAAUUUCAUUGGUAUAUGUCGUCUAGUCACCGUUUAUAUUUCAAUCAUUAAAACUUCACCAAUCUUCACCUAA